CGCCACUCACCACCCGCAACUCCGCAAGGCAGCGACCGUAUCCCCAGCAGAGCUGGCGGCGGCGGCCGCACUCGAAACCGGGGGUGUUCGGGACUCCAUGACGAUGCGGUCCGCCGCGAAGCACGCGCUGCUGACACAACCACUGGCGCCCGGCAGCCCUGGCGCCUUCCUCCGGGGCCGGUUCUCGCCGCUCAGCCCCGGGGCGCGGCCGUGCCGAGCGGCGAGCUCCGCCUCCGUGCCGGCAGCAGGAAAGCACCUCCCUCCAUUGUUCAGCGUCGCGCCGAUGAUGGACUGGACGGACAACCACUACCGGACGCUCGCGCGGCUCAUCUCGCGGCACGCGUGGCUCUACACGGAGAUGGUCGUCGCCGAGACUAUUGUGCACCAGAAGGAUAACUUGGAUAGGUUUCUAGCAUUUCCUGAGGAACAACAUCCUAUUGUGCUGCAAAUUGGUGGAAGUAAUCUGAAAAAUUUGGCGAAGGCAACUGAACUGGCAAAUGCUUAUUCAUAUGAUGAGAUCAACCUAAACUGUGGCUGCCCCAGCGGUAAAGUUGCUGGUCACGGUUGCUUCGGUGCUCGAUUAAUGUUCGAUCCAGAGUUUGUAGGGGAUGCUAUGUCAGCUAUUGCAGCCAAUUGUGAUGUCCCUGUCAGUGUUAAAUGCAGAAUUGGUGUUGAUGAUUGUGACUCUUAUGAAGAAUUAUGUGACUUUGUAGAUAAAGUUGUGUCAAAUUCACCAACUAGGCAUUUCAUCAUUCAUGCUCGGAAGGCAUUGCUUAGUGGCAUCAGUCCUGCAGAGAAUCGGAAAGUUCCUCCAUUGAAAUAUGAGUACUAUUUCGCUUUGUUGCGGGACUUCCCAGAAGUAAAGUUUACUCUAAAUGGAGGUAUAACAACUAUUGAUCAAGUUAGUGCAUCCAUAAGACAAGGUGCACAGGGAGUUAUGGUUGGCCGGUCUGCUUACAAUAAUCCAUGGAACAUGCUAGGGCAUGUGGAUAGCGAAAUCUAUGGCAAGCCAACAAGAUGCAUUUCUCGUCGUCAGAUCCUCGAGAGCUACCAGUUUUAUGGUGAUUCAAUUAUUGGACGGUAUGGCCCCAGUAGGCCAAACGUGAGACAACUUGUCAAGCCGUUGUUACACUUGUUCCACUCAGAACCUGGCAACAACCUGUGGAAACGCAAAUCUGACUCUGCAUUGCGCUAUUGCAAGACAGUCAAAUCAUUCUUGGAGGAGACUCUUGACGCAAUACCGGACACUGUUCUUGACAAGCCAGUAACCAGGGAACAAUCUGUUGAGAAAAAAUAUUUUGCUGAUGUUGAUUCUCUGUUGCCACCAAGAUAUACAACACUGACUAACUGUACCUACGGAAGUCCAGAACUUGCAACCGCAUCCGCUUGAGCAACCGGAGGUUUGAGGGAAGAUGGACAAGGCGGGAACAUGCAAGCCUGCAAAAUUGUUGUUAAUUUAUACCUCAUAGUCGUAGCUAUACUAUCAGUUGUAAGUUGUAACUGUAACCACUUCAACUAGAAAAUAUGUCAACUGUCUAAAGUUGCAUUGUUGCAAUGCCAAUUGUCAAUCUGUCAGCUAAAAUGCGGCAAACUGGAAAUUGUAGUGUAUGUGCGCCAUUUUCUGCCCGAGAUUGUUAACCGUCUA